CCUCCACACUCCUCUCUCCUGUACAUACUGCCCCCAUCAUACCCUCCACACUUCUCUCCUGUACAUACUGCCCCUGUCAUACCCUCCACACUCCUCUCCUGUACAUACUGCCCCUGUCAUACCCUCCACACUCCUCUCCUGUACAUACUGCCCCCAUCAUACCCUCCACACUCACUCCCUGUACAUACUGCCCCCAUCAUACCUUCCACACUCCUCUCCUGUACAUACUGCCCCCAUCAUACCCUCCACACUCCUCUCCUGUACAUACUGCCCACUGUCAUACCCUCCACACUCCUCUCCUGUACAUACUGCCCCCAUCAUACCAUCCACACUCCUCUCCUACACAUACUGCCCACUGUCAUA